AUGGCCGAACAUAUGUGGCGCAAAGAUCGAAAAAACGAAGUCAAGCAUGUUGGACAGCACGCGACCCGCCUCAUUGGCCGACGCGGCGUGGGUAAACCCGUCGAUGCAGCGUCGCAUACAAGAGCGUGGCCGGCACCACCCCUGGGAUACGAGAUGGUCGAAGAUGAAAUUGCCGCCCACAAGACAUCCCACGCCGACGUCUAA